AAAAGCUCAUUUCUCUCCCUUCUCUUCUCUUCUCUUCUGUCUCUCCACCCACCAAAAGCUGAUAAUCCAAAGAAGAACUCACGGAUUAUGGAAGAAAAUGGAGACCCAACAACACCCUUUUGGCUUCAGAACAGUAACACUCUAUAUCGUCAUCGUCAUCGCCGUUCAUCUUCUUUGCUUCUCAAUCCUACUCUGUUAAUCGUUUUGCUUCCUACUGUGGCUCUCUUACUUUUGUUUCUUGUUCUACCUUCCAUUCUUUCGUUUGCUUCUCAGACUUUCAGAAGCAAUUCUGUGAAGCGGAAUUGGGAUUCACUCAAUUUAUUGCUUGUUCUCUUUGCUGUUGCUUGUGGGUUUCUUAAUAGAAGAAACGAUGAUAGCUCCUCUUCCUACAGCAUGGAUGAUGUUAAUGGCGUCUCUGCUCACAUUUCAGAAGGUGUUAUAGAGAACCCACUUCAAUCAACAACCCCGAGACGUCAAUGGUUCGAUUAUUCUUCGGAUCUGAGGAUCUACGAUUCUGUUGGAGCUGCUACUUCUGAUUCUUCGAUUUCGACGAAUGUGGGUCGUUUGAGGAGGAGCAGCAGCUCGUACCCGGAUCUCAGGCAAGAGUUCUCAUGGGUUUCCGGCGAAGAUGAUAGAUGGCGCUUCUUUGACGACAAUGACAUUGAUUUGAAUAGUUAUCGGUCGGCGUCGGAAUACGUUCGCCGUCGACGAGCACGCCGACCUGAGAGUGAGCAUUUGGAGAUCAAGACCAUACCAGUUGAUACUUUUGUGCUUCGUCCUACGGGGGCUUCUUCUUCAGCAUCGCCACCACCACCACCAACCCCACCACCUCCUCCAUCGCUAUCUCCUAUUCCAGUACAGCCACCAGCGCCGCCACGUCCGCCUCCACCACCGGCGAUCAAACACAAAACAAGCCGAACAUUCCAUACAGUAGAGCGUAAGGAAAAUGCGGAAAUCCCCGAAGAAGUUGUGUCGGAAAUCAUAAGAAGCCGACCCUUGCAGCCUUCAUCGCCACCACCGCCGCCGCCUCUUCCACCACCAAGACCCUCGUCGCAUCAUCAUCGGUCGGAGCAGAAGAGCGGACGAAGUGAUAAGAAGAGAAGGAGCGGAGCUAAGGAUAUAGCCAUCACUCUGGCUUCACUUUAUCAACACAGGAAGAAGAAGAAGAAGCAGCAGAAUUACAAGGAGAAUCAGGCUAUCCCCAACCAGUCUCAUCUUUUGCAUUCAGGAGGAGUAGGAGUUCCCCCACCACCGCCGCCACCACCACCACCUCCUGCUACCGUAUUUCAUAAUUUUUUCUCUAACAAGAAAACUAGCAAGAGCAAGAGAAUCCACUCAAUUUCACUUUCACAGCUGAACCCAUCGCCUCCUCCACCACCUCCGCCACCACCAAGACCUGGGUCAUCAUCACGCCCAACCAAACGGAAGUCCCAGAGUGAGAUACCAUCAGCGCCACCAGAACCAUCAUCCGAUCAACCCCGGAAAAGCCAGACGAUCUCUGCCGGCUGCGGGAAACCUCCUUUACCGGUUAAAACGAACAACAUGUUAUACGACGAUGAAGAGAACUUGAACAGUGGAGGACAGUCUCCAUUGAUUCCAACACCUCCACCGUAUCCCCCAUUCCAAAUGCCGGAACUGAACUUCUUAGUUCGUGGGGAUUUCGUUAGGAUACGAAGCAACCAGAAUUCACGUAGCAGCUCUCCAGUUGAUUCACCGACGGUGAAGGAAUCUGAAUCUGAAUGUGAACCAUCUCUGUCGGUGUCAACUACAUCAACCACCAUGACAGCUGCUGCUACGGAGAUGAUUGACGGUGGAGAAGGCAGGGGAGCGGUAUUCUGUCCCAGCCAAGAUGUCAACACGAAGGCUGAUACCUUCAUUGCCAGAUUUCGAGCAGGGCUGAAGCUUGAGAAGAUGAAUUCCAUCAAAGAAAAACAAAUUGCCCAGAGGCCAAUGUGAAAAAUUAAAAAAGAAUUUCUUUUUAUUUUUAAAAAAAAUUGUUUGUGG